GACUGCACAGAAAAAGAGAGAGAGAGAGAGAGAGAAGCCAAAGCCACCAAGAAAAAGUGGAGAGAAAGCAAAGGAGCGAUGACGAAGCUAACAAACUAAGAACCUUCCCUCCUUCCUCCAGCUGAGUAUCGACGACUGCACUUUGUUGAAUUUCUCGUCCUCUUAGGUUUUUUCAACUAUGGCGGAUCUGUACGGGACAGCUCCAGACUCCGAAGAAAUCUCGAACAUUCUCAGCCAACUCCUCCACGGCCACGGCUCCUCCGCUUCCCCUUCCUCGUCUUGCAUGCCCUUUAAGCCCACUUACACGCAUCUACUGCAUUCCUCAGUGGCGCCGCACCUCACUACGACGUCGACCGAGGUCUUGAUUUCGGAGACUAGGCAUGAAGAUUAUCACCGGUUCGCCCGAUCGGAGGACCGGCGAGUCGUGGACGGGAACUCCGCUGCUGCGGUUGUCGAGUCUUCGUCCGGUUUCGAUUUCACCGAUUCCGGUGGCUAUUUCCAGGCAGAGGUAAAAGAAGGUAUGGAGUCUGACGCGAACACGUCCUUGAAGGGGAGAAGGAUUUCGUCUGAGAAUGAUCUCGGUGACUUUAGCUAUGAUAGUGAGGGUCACGACCGGUCUGAGGUGCCAUUGAACCCAGCUCCGCCGCGUAGUUUAUCCAAGAGGAGCAGAGCUGCGGAGGUCCAUAAUAUGUCGGAAAAGAGAAGGAGGAGUAGGAUCAAUGAGAAAAUGAAAGCCUUGCAGAACCUGAUUCCAAAUUCGAACAAGACGGAUAAGGCUUCAAUGCUGGAUGAAGCAAUUGAAUAUUUGAAGCAGCUCCAACUUCAAGUACAGAUGUUAACAAUGAAAAAUGGAUUGAGCUUGCAUCCAAUGUGCUUACCAGGAGUCAUGCAGCCUAUGCAGUUGCCUCAUAUGGGAUUAGGCCUUGAAGAAGGAAGUAAUAAAUUUCCAAAAUCUAGCAGAGGAAUAAGUCCAUUUUAUGAGGGUGAAGAGAACCCGAUGCAAUCUGCGUUUAAUAUUUCCCCUGGAUGCACAAUCUCAAACCAGCCAAUGGUCUUACCUUCAGUUGCAAAUGUCCCCACAUCGGAAGCCACAUAUGGGUUUGAACCAUCGAUUCAAGCUCUUUACAGACCCUUCAGUGUCCCCACAUCUUCUAAGGAACUCUUCAGAGACGGUGAACCACAAGCAAAAUUAGAUAUCAGCGAGACUGGGAAGAACUCUUCAUCACAUGUCGACAUAUUGUCCACAAAGCGGCCGGAUCAAAACUCUGUUUUGGGAUCUCCCAAUUCCAAUUUAGGCACUUGUGGUGGUGGAGAGUUGUUGAAGCUAGAAAUGAUGGGGGUUAAUGUGAACUCAUAUCUUAAUUCAGGGUCUGCAUUAAUGGAGAAAGGGGUGAUCAAAGAAAGUAGUGGCAAGGCUGCAAGUGGUGGUGGUAAUGAAUCAGAGCAUGGCAUGCACACUUGGACUGAGAGGGAAAGAAGGAAGAAGAUGAGGGACAUGUUCUCUAGCCUUCAUGCUCUGCUUCCUCAGCUUCCAGCUAAGGCAGAUAAGUCCACCAUUGUUGAUGAGGCAGUGACAUAUAUCAAGUCCCUGGAAAAAAUUCUUCAAACAAAACAAAAACAAAAGCUCGACAAACUCCAGAGCACUAGUGCAUUGAUAGCAUCAAACACAGAGCUAGCUGGUGAGACAAGGGAAGCGUUUUUGGCUGAUCAUCUACAUCCAUCAAAGAACUUGAUGGUCACAAAUGCAUUCCCAGCUUCUCUUUUUCCCGCUUGCUUCGAGACGUGGUUUUCGCCAACUGUUGUCUUGAACAUUUGCGGCCCUGAUGCUCAGUUCAGUGUUUGUUCGCCGAGAAAGCCAGGGCUCUUGACAACCAUCUUGUACAUUCUAGAGAAGCAUGAGCUGGAUGUAGUCUCUGCUCACAUCUCCUCGGAUCAAUAUCGUUGCAUGUACAUGAUCCAUGCUCAUGCGGGUGGAGCUUGUGAUCAUUUCCCUGAGACAUUAUCAGUAGAGGACACAUUCAAACUAGCAGCAGAAGCAUUCUUCUUCUUUCUUUUUUCUCAUUCUUCUUCUGUGAAGACUAUUACAAUGUCUGGGUACUCGUUUCUGAACGACCAGCUCUCAAAGCGGACCUCCAUUUUCGGUUUGCACUUGUGGGUUGUUUUGGGAAUUUGUGUAGGAGCAGCCAUUGUUCUGGUUCUCUUCCUCAUAUCACUCUGGUUCACUUCACGGCGCAACAGUAGUUCCUCAAAAGCCAAGACCUUUAAUCAGAAUUCAACCAUCCCGAACGUCUCUAAGGAGAUCCAAGAAAUCCGAAUCGACCAUGCUCGGAACCCAGUACCCGACCCGAAUCCCAUCCAGCACCAGAACCACCCCGACCCGGUUGCUGACUCGGAGCCCUUAACCAGAGCCCAAGCCCUGCUUCUUCAGCCAGAGGAUCAUGAGAGCCCCGCUGGUGGUGGUGGCCGACAAAGAAUUCACAUUGAGAUUGGGAAGGACCAUCGGAUUUCGUACCCGGAGAAGGGAGGCGGGUCCUCGCAUGGGAGUGGUGAGGCUCGUUCUGGGGACCAGGGGCUGAUGGCUGUGCCUGAAGUUUCGCAUUUGGGUUGGGGCCAUUGGUACACUCUCAGAGAGCUUGAGGAUGCUACUAAUGGGUUUGCUGAUGAGAAUGUGAUUGGUGAAGGUGGCUAUGGAAUUGUGUACCGUGGUAUCUUUGAGGAUAAUCAUAUGGUUGCUGUCAAGAAUUUGCUCAAUAACAAGGGACAAGCUGAGAAGGAGUUUAAGGUCGAAGUUGAAGCAAUUGGCCGUGUUCGCCAUAAGAAUUUAGUAAGGUUGCUUGGUUAUUGUGCUGAAGGAGCUCAUAGGAUGCUUGUAUAUGAGUAUGUUGACAAUGGAAAUUUGGAACAAUGGCUUCAUGGAGAUGUUGGGCCUACCAGCCCUCUUACGUGGGAGAUUCGUAUGAAUAUAAUACUUGGGACCGCGAAAGGGUUGACAUACUUGCAUGAGGGGCUUGAGCCCAAGGUCGUUCAUCGUGAUAUAAAGUCUAGCAACAUAUUACUUGAUAAGCAGUGGAAUUCAAAAGUAUCUGACUUUGGCUUAGCAAAGCUCCUGGGCUCAGAAAGGAGUUACGUGACAACUCGUGUGAUGGGAACAUUCGGAUAUGUAGCUCCAGAAUAUGCUAGUACUGGCAUGUUGAAUGAAAGAAGUGAUGUUUAUAGUUUCGGAAUUCUUAUAAUGGAGAUAAUUUCUGGGAGAAACCCAGUGGACUAUAGCCGCCCUCAAGGAGAGGUGAACCUAGUUGAGUGGCUUAAAGCAAUGGUUACAAAUCGAACUGCCGAGGGAGUUUUGGAUCCUAAGUUACCAGAGAAACCUUCUUCAAGGGCACUGAAGCGUGCUCUUUUGGUUGCCUUGCGUUGCGUGGACCCGAAUGCUCAAAAGAGGCCAAAAAUGGGGCAUGUGGUACAUAUGCUUGAAGCCGAUGAGUUCCCUUUCCGGGAUGACCGCAGGGCUGGAAGAGAAUAUGGACGGUCACCGCGUGAUGCUUCAAGGAUGGACAAGCGUGUGAUUGAAUCAGGUGAUAGUAGUGGGUAUGACAGUGGUGUCCAAACUAACCAGUCAUUAUGGAGAAAGCGAGAAUUGGAAGAAGAGCAUUAGCCUCACCAGUCACCAGUUUCAUGAGUAAGGUGAAUUGACUCACCUUGUUUUGCCCCUAUGCUUCUGUCUAGGGAUAGGUUAAAUUGUGUAGCUGUUAAUUACUUCCCCUGUAUAGCCAUUGAUGUCAAUAUGAGCUUGCACUUAGGUGGAUUCUCUAGCAUUUCGCUCCUUUCUCUCAAUGUAAUUGAAAUAAACCAGAUUACUGUUUUUCACUGCACCGGCUCUUCUAUGGUAAUUCGGUCCUAAGGGAAUUUUCAUAAACAGUAAUUCUCGAAUCAUCGCAAUCUUAUGGCCUUAAUAUGAACCAAUUUUUUUCACUGAA